ACAACAUUUCACGUUGUUUACAAAAUGACCAAAGCAAAUAAAACGCCGCAAAAAGUAAAUGAAGCCAAUUUAAAUGACUCGCUGACACCAAUUCGUUAUCUGGACAGCCCCCGCCUGCUAUCGCCUACAAGUCAUGAUUCAAAUUUGGCAACCUGCAAAACAAGGUUGGAGACUAUAGUUAAGCAACUUCAGGACAAUUACGCCAAAUGGCAAUUAGCCCAGCAGCGAGGCACUUCCAUUUGCUAUUCCAUCGAGGCCAAGAAGACCAAGUGCCUGGAGAAGUCGCAGGACGAAGGAAGCACCUCAUACCCGGAUGAUCUGAUCCUGCCUUGCAACAAGUUGGCCAUUAUAGCCUCGAUAUUCGGGGAUAUAGCCAAUAAUGCAAAGGAACUUCUUAGACAACUCAGUGCUAUCUGUAAGUUGCCAGGCACUGCAGCGGAUACAAUAUUCUACAGGUCUUGGAAAUUGCCACAAUUUGUGGCUUUUACCAAAGAACUAGCCGAAAGAUAUGAACAAGAGUCGUUGGUCAAAAAGGAAGUGGCAGAAAACAUUGCCCACUCGACUGAAAGAAGCCAGCUAAUCGCGUACACAACUUUGUGGGAGUUUCCCCAGAACGUCGAUUCCUAUGUCCACUUGGGAUUUCUUCUCCUCGCCGAAGAAAUCAAUUUAAAGCAAUAAGAAAUAAACAAUUUUAGAAAUUGUUAA